UUGUUAACUUGGGUAGGCUGGUUUCUUCGAUUUGUUUAGUUAGCGAGACAACUAACGUUAGCAUGCCAAAUGGGAAAAAGGUGAAUGAGUGUACACGGUUUACGAGAAUAAUUUAGAAACAAGGUGAAUAUUUUGCGAAAAAAUGCUUUGUGCCUCGCUUACAGCAUAGCGACAAUUAUUUGUAAAUACUUACAACGUUCAGUUUAUAUCUAAAACCGAAGGUGUGAAAAACAAUAGCCAAUUAUUUUAGUAAAAUACCCACUUCUUAAGCGAUGCAUCACGUUUGGGAAGACUGUUUUCGAACUUAAUAUCUCCAGCACGUGUUGUUACCAUGGCUACAGGACGCGGACGAGCCUUGGCCAGUUUCAGAAUGGGAUUGGAAAAGGUUCAACAAGCGAACAUAAGAAUCCCACCAAAUACGCCCAGCAGUACAAACGAGAAUAAGGAAAUGCAAUCCGACACAACGAAGAAAAAGAGACAUGGGACGUCCCGAAAACACCAUCCAAAGCCAGAAUCAAAGGGAGCAACUGUAAGGUUAAGAAAUCCAGUUAAUCGUUCUCAAAAUUACUUUGAGAGAAUGCCACCAGAGAUAGUCCUGAAGAUUCUCUCCUAUUUGGAUGCUGCUUCCCUUUUUUGCAUUGGCUUUGUCAACAAGCAGUUUCAUGAACUGGCCAACAACAAUGCGAUGUGGUACAGGAUGUUCACAAAUGAGUCUGGAAAGAUGAAAAAGUGGAAGCCAAAGCAAACCGAUGAAGUGGCAGAGGGAAUGAAUGCAGUGUCCAUUCAGGAAAAGCCGGAAGGGUACUGGAAGAGACUCUACUUUCGGAAGAUGGUUGGGUACAACGAAAGUAAAUGGAAGAGACAAUUAAAAGCCAUAAACCCCUACACUGGCCUGCCACGCUUAACGGAGCAAGUUUUGAGGGAUCUGCAUGUUACAUGGGAGAUCACGGUAACUGAAAAAAGAGGGCGGGAGUGCACAGUUCAGCAAACCCAUGCCUAUUUUUCCGAUUCAUCCGUAACCGUGUGUUGGAGCAACGGCAGUUGGCCUCCUUUUCACCAGCUCUCCAUGCUGCAGCUAUACGGAGUGAAGCGGGUAGCAUUCGAUUGCCCUACAGUCAACAGGCCUGGGUGGCGAUCUCUGAUUGCGAAGCAUGAUCUGCAUGAUAUCCGAGAGAGGGGCAGAGUCAUCGGCUCAGACAAGCUUGUGAAUUUGUACCACUUGGCCCCUGGACUUAUUAUCGGACUGUGGAGGGGAAAUUGCUCAGUUGCUUUCGUCAUGAUGAAUUUCCACUUCCACAAGUUAGUGGAAAGAAGCCUGCUUGGGUCUUCCAUAUGCCCCUACACAGUGCCAGAGGACAGACCUCCCUUUGAUGAUGUGGACCCAGAAUAUGGUCUCCAUGGAUACACAAUGCACAUCUUACUCCAUAACACUGUGAAGCACAUCAUGUCUGGGCAUUUCUCUCAGCUCUUCUGCAAGACAGAUCACAUUCGGGAUGGGUUCAUACAGCUGAGGGCCAUCAACAGAAAUGACCUGUCACAGCACACCCCUCUUUCUGGGAAAAUCAACCUGCCCUGGAAGACUGUGGGUCUGGAUGGGAUUGUCCAGAACUGCUGCAUGAUGACCCUGACUGUUCUGGAUGAAGCCCAGAACCCCUUCUGGUGUGUCAGCACACCAGUAACCAUGAUGUUGUCCAAACAGGAAUCUUCGUCAUAUGACUACGAAGGGGAGCGCUUCUUUAUGAAGCACCAGGACUCUGAGGGGAAGAUCAGAAUAGAGCUAGUUUGGUUAGCAGAGCAAGAGCAGUUCUUUCUCACCAACCUUGUGAUUUACAUAGCGACGGCUAAAGUAAACAAGCACUUUGGAAGACAGUACUGAAACUGUGUUUUGGAGAAGAAGAAAAAAAAUUUGUUUUGAGACUUGGGCUUAGAAUCGCUCAAUAUGACCUAACUGAGGGGUUGUACAUUUAUGGUCAUUCUGAUGUCAUAUUUCAGAAUCUUUUUCCUCCUUGAUGGUAAGCUGGCAGUUGAAAUGUAAUUGCUGUUCACUGUUUUAUAAGUAUUUGUAUAGUUUAUUCAUAAUGAGCAUGCCAUUUUGGACAUAUUCUAGAUUGUGAGUAUUCAUUGAUUUGAUGUUUUUUUUUUUUUUGACACUUUUUAAAAAUAUUGUGUUUUAGCCAUUUCAUUUACAUGGCAAAAAUAUUUUGAGUUUUCAUAGUUGUUAUACACUUCACAGUCUAUUUACCAACUCCAUUCGUAUGCUCCAUUUUAAAUGAAUUCUUUUUUGGCAUUGACAUUGUUAAAUGUUUGAUAUUCUUUGGGUACAGGUUUAAAGUAUGCCCUUGUGAAGCCAUAAACUCUAAAAAAUUUCUCUCAAAGACAUUUAUACCUUAAUAUCAAAUGCUAAAGUGGAGUUUUAGAAUGCACAUGGGGGAGUGAUCUUGGGAAAAAGCCAGUUCCUCCCUUCAUGUAGCACAUCUUUAUUGAUUUAACCGUUGUCCUAUUCUCAUCCUCUCUGGCUAUCCACUCAUAUCAACUACUACUCUGAAAUUCAGGCCAGUCUCUAUAUUACAUUGUACAUAAUCAUUUUGAAAUUAGACGUUAUGGACCUUGGCUCUUUGCAUGUUUUGGGUACGUUACUCAGUUUCUCAGUAAUGCCACUGGAUUAUUGAAUAAAUGGAUUGCGAUUGACAGGAAAAUAAAUAAAAUGGUAUACCACUUUGCCGCAUUACUGCACUCUAGGCAAUUCACAGGAAAAUAAGUGAGAGAGCUGGAGAGAUGGAAAGAGAGAGUACCUUAGUUUUCAGUCACCCUUCCUCCCUCUGGAAUACACCAAAUAUGAGUGCAUUAACAGUGUUCUGUCCUUAUGAUAAACCUUCAGAUUUUAAAUGGGGAAAAUAAUGCACCGAGUUGCUGUAGCUUGUCUCAAAGAGGUUCAUUCUCACAUGGGCAUGCAGUGGUGAAAUAGAGCCUUUGUUUUGCUGUGUAAGUACUUUUGCAUUUUAUGCCCUUAUGGUGGCUCCUGGUAAUGUAGUGCUUAUGAUUUGAAUCUUUACAAUACAGAAUGAUGAAUCACCACUGGGUUUAUAUUAUCAAAAGCCGAGUCAUCACUCAUCACCCGAGUUCCGGCUUUUCAGCAAAACCGUGCUUAUUGUGCUCUCCUUUUAUCUCUUGAAGGUGGGAGGGCAUUUAAUUACAUGCCGUUUGAAUAUAAUACCACCGUCACGUCGGUGCAUGUAUUGAUUUAUGCUUGGCAUAUUGUGUUUUCAGGACCUUCCUGCGAAUCACAUGAAGCCAUUAGCCACCAUAGUGUUGUGUGCUCAAACUGAAUGGUGGAUUACCAGUCGACAGGCAUGGGCCUGCAGACAUUAAUAUUUGUCAUACGGACUACAUGUACAUUUCCCAGCUCUGGUGCCAGUUUUUUAAAUGCAUAUUUCAUGCAUUUUUAUAUUUUAAAGCUGGUGCUCGCCUCUGGUAGAUAUUAUUGUAAUCGGUCAAGAAAGCAAAGACAAGUGAUGGGGGAAGCAAAGGGAAAGUUAAAAAAUGAUUAAGAUAUUUCAUGCUUGCACUUUUCUGUGACCAGCUGAAGCUGAAUUAUUGCGCUUUAUUGAUCCUCAAAGUAUGCAUUGGUUCUGAAGUUUAUGAUAAAUGAAUGUCAAGAUAUUUUUAAUUUAACCGAUCUAUAUGCACAUUGUUGUCUUAUUCUCAUAUAUUUAGACUUCUGGUAGAACAAUGUGUGAAAAGGUUUUGAGACUUGUUUGUUAAAUUUGAUUUCAAUUAUCCAAUCAUACUUUCUUCACAUUGUGAUAACACAUUGUGGGAGAUUUCAUUUUAUUUGAUCGCCCAAAAGGGUGGACAGCAUUGCCGAUGGUGCGAAUCACAAGAUGGUGCCUUUGUAAUAGGAUUUUGCUCACCUCUCCUUUGUUUUCUGAGGUUGGUCUCACCUUGAGAAAGCGCUUGUUUCAUGAUUGGGGGGGUGGAGGGGACAGCAGACGAUGGAAGAGCUUCUGUCAUGCGACAUGACUGAAGCCGUAACUAGAUUGCGGGCGGACACAGGCAUGCCUGAAGGUUAAGCACUCCAUAUGCUGCCUCACUACAUAUAACACUACGGUUUACUGGCACUGUUCCUUGACCGCAUUACCCUCACAACCGCACUGUUUAUCACAGAGCCCCCCCUGGGCUUUCUGCUGCUGAUGUGAAGACUACUUCUGGAAGUGGUUAAAUGCACCCUGCACCCACCACUGUAACCUUCAUCAGACAGCUGCCGGAGUACAGCUGAACACGACCCCCAUAAAACUGACAGUUGUUCACGGUUGUUUGUGAGGAAUUAGCAUCUUAACGGCUUCACCUAAUAACGCCCUCCUAGCAUCGCUUAGCUCUUACUUUCCAAUGUCAUACAAUCAGCUUAAUUGCAGACAAAUGCAGGCACAAUUCUGAAGGUCACUCUCCUCAGUAUUGACAGGGAGGGAAAAAAAAAAACACUUCUGCAAAGGUGAUGAUUUGGGGGUCAAUCUUUUCGUCCAGCUGUAAGGACAGUUUUGGAAUUCAAUUUCGUAUAACAGAAAGAAAACAGUUUGUUGUCUUUAUCUAUAUAAUAUAAUAUUGAAUCUUUAAUAUUCAGUAUAUCCUAGAGUUUCUAUAUGGUCACUCUCAAUUUAGAGUCAAUUAUGUAUUGAUAAUCCAUCCAAAAUGUUAUCAGUACUUUCAAUUCCAAAGACAAUGGUGCCUAUUUUAGUGAGAGUAUAUCAUAAAUAUCUCCAGCAGAUGGCUCUACUAGUUAAGCAGAAGGGGCACAGUGAUUCACAAGAAGGCUGUAUACAGUAAGCCUUGCAUGGCUGCUUUUUUAGAACAGUAAUAAGAGAAUAUAUCGUUUAUUUUUGUGAACAUGGAUGGGGCAUGGCUUUUGUAAACUUUAAGGUCGGAAGUUUAUCUGAACAGAUUCAUGAAUGUGAAAGAAAGGGAAAGUAGAAGAUGUAUAGAUGGUAUCUACCAUCUGAAUUCACCGUGGUUAAGGGUGGUGGAUUAGGGAUAGCACAGCAUGGGGGCAGGGGUGGGGGCGUUGAGGAAGAGUGAUUGGUAAAUUUUGGGGGGCGGGCUUUAAUAGCUAAAUUAAUAAGCUAGUGUCCUUGAAUGAUAGUCACCCUAAAUGUGAAAAAACAAGGCUACUUGUUUCAUUUUCAUACAAGCGUACGGGUUUUUAGAACAAGUCCAAAAAAACAGCAACCCGCAACUUUCGAUUGAUUGACUUUUCGAAGUGACUUUAGAACAAAAAAGCCCAAAGUCAUGUUUUUUAAGCAGACUUGGCAACUCUGGCCUGGAGUGCCAGAUGGGCAGGCUUUAUAGCCUACUUUUGCCAUCAGAAUCACAUUUCACCCUACCAGGCAAACCCACUCAAGAACAGCUAGCGUUAAAGCAUUUAAAACAUUCAGUGCAUAAUUACCCCAAGUCUAUACUCUGAUUUAUAUGUCAGUUUCCCAAAAAUUUGGUAAUCUAUUGCAUUAUUUAUUAUCUUCAACAUAUUGGGCCCUAAAAAUGCACAGUGUGAUGGACUGGGGUAUAGCAUAGUAAUACAGUAUGUUUCCCUAUGAUAAAUGAAUCAUUCAAUACUACCUUGACCAAGGACUGACUCAGGUAGAAAUUGCUUUAUGUUUAUGUGGUGUGGGGAUGGCUGGUUUAAGCAGCCACACCUGCCCUGGGUCAAGCUAAUUAGACCAGGCUAAUUAGAUAUUUGGUUAAGCUAAUUGGAUAAUUGGCCAGGCUAAUCGGACCCGGGAACAGAGAUGGCUGCACCUGUGCGUAGUGAGGUAAUCACUGCACACAGGUUAUAUCUGCCAUUCCCACCCACACAAGGGAGAGCCUCUCUGGCAUGACAGUUUUUGACAUCUGCUCCUUGGCUGUAACAUCUUGCGAAUAAAUGUGUAUUGGGUUUGAA